AUGCUUUCUGUGUCUUCCUUGCCAAACAGCAGUGUCCUUCAUGGUACUGUCUACGCUCUGUUAUUCCUGGUCAUUACGCAGACAAUACUCUUCAUCCUCGGUGCCCUCCGCCCAAAAGGCUUCCCUCCUGGCCCGAGAGGGUUACCCGGCCUGGGCAACCUCCUGCAGAUUGACAGGAAGUUCCCAUUUCGUACGUUCACCGAAUGGGCCAGGAAGGUGGGUAAGGAUACUCCCCUAGGAUGGAAAUCGGCUAUGAACAACGUCAUCGUCCUUAACAGCGCGCGGCUCGUUCACGAGCUGUUCGAUAAGCGCGGGUCUGUCUUUAGCGACAGGCCUUACAUGUACAUCAACGCCGAAUGGAUCGUGCGGUACGACUUCAAGGUCGCCGUGUUUCAGAAUAACGAUGCGUGGCUAAAUCGCUGGCGCAAGGAUGUCGCACUCAUGUUGAGCUCGGCAUCAAUCAAGAAGCUGGCGCCUGUCUAUGAGGCCGAGGCAGCGAGGCUGUUGGUCAAGGUCCUGGAGUCGGGCCCGGCCACGGGUCACAAGCUCAUGGACGUCUUGACCAUGGGCAUGCUCAGCGUGCCGUGCCUCGAGCUAUGCGGGAGGCGACCGGAUGACCUAGGUGUCUUUGAGAACUUUAGACACGUCAUGGAAACCUGGUUCUCUCUCGUCACGCCGGGCGCGACCGACGUUUUUCCCCUUCUGCGCUGUCUACCCGGGUUUCUCGCACCGUGGAAGUACAAAGCUCAGGAAGUCAGAGAUUCCCUACUCGUCCCUGGAAAUGCUGUUCUGCAGGCGGGGAGAGCGCAGCGUGCUUCCUUGGACGCCGGGUCAAGCGGGUUUGAAAGCUUGCUGGCCAAGAUACUUAGAGACCAGGCUGGUCAGAAGGAACCCUUUUACACGUCGAGGGAGCUGAGCUUAAUUGCUGUGACAAUGCUCAUAGGCGGAUCAGACUCCUCUUUGGUCUUGUUUUCGACUGCUCUUUCAGUUUUUGCCCACUAUCAAGACGCGCAGCGAAAGGUCCGCACUGAGAUCCUCGACUUGCUCGGCGUUGCGCCACCACGAGUAGCGAAUCUGCCAGAUCUUCGCUUUUUGGAAGCUUGUUUCAACGAAAUUCUCCGCUGGCGUCCUGUGGCCCCGAUGGGCAUUCCCCACGCACCAUCCCGGGACGAUACAAUCAACGGCCACCGCAUCCCCAAGGGAUCCUCGAUCAUCCCCAACGUAUGGAACAUACACCACGAUGAAGCUGACUACGAGAGUCCAGAUGAGUUUAUUCCGGAGCGCUUUCUACGUCACCCAUUCGGAAUGAGGGUGGACGAUGAGCACGAACCCGCACGCCUGGAGAAGCAGGGCCGGCGGAUGAACUACACUUUCGGGGCUGGCAGAAGGGUAUGUCUGGGCAUGGAAUCAGCUAAGAAGAGCUUCUUGAUCGGCAUGGCAAAGUUCCUGUGGGCUUUUGAAGUACACCCUCGAGACCCAGGGCGAGGGGUUGACCUCAGUCUUGACACUGGGUUUAUUUCUGAUCUGACGCUGAAAGUGAAGGAACUAGAUAUAAUGGUCAAGCUGAGGGAGGGCCUGAGCCGAGAGGAUAUAUUCAGACACUAUGAAGAUGUGUACACAGAUGAGGCCAGGCUGAUGGAUUGGUAG